AUGGGGGCUGGCUCGUAUCUCCUGUAUCAACUGCUGCACUAUGACAAGGAACGACUUCCUUUUGUUGCAUACUUCAUUAAAGAUUGCGUGUAUAUCUUUGACAAGACCGGAGGUGAAGAAGAAGGACGCGUGGAGUACUACGAUAACCUCGAAGAGGGAAGGCGUGCUGUGUUACGUCUCUCUCAUACUGUGAGGGGAUACAUAAUCUAUGAUGUGGCAAAGCAAGGAAGUGAGCCUCACCACGCUUUACCUCCAAAAGGAUGGGGUAUGGCUGUUGUGACUUCCCCGAACGAGGUGAACUUCAAAGGAUGGGAGAAGCAGCGGGAAGCCCUGCGUGUCAUAAUNCUCACCACGCUUUACCUCCAAAAGGAUGGGGCAUGA